AUGAAGAAUAUACAUGAGAGGACUGAUUCUUCAAAAAAUUCUUAUACAAGUUCAACUGAUUCUCCAGAUCAUAGAAUUUGUGGUUCUUCUUCUUCUUCCAACUAUUCUGAAGCAGGAUCAAGCUCCCACAAAUCCCUAAAAUCAUCAUCAUUGUGGUCAGGAUUCUUCGGAUCUGCCUUUUCAGUUUUUGACACCCAAAAGAAGGACUCCACCACCACCACCACCACUAGAAGCCAUGGUUGGACUGCAGCUGUGAAGAGAGUCAUGAAUGGUGGCUCAAUGAGGCGAAUUCAAGAACGUGUUUUGGGUUACAAAACCAAUGUUUCUAACUCAAUAAGUGAUAUUUGGCUUCUAGGUGUUUGCUACAAAAUUUGUCUACAAGACCCUUCUCAAGAACCUAUUCAUACCACUGGAUAUGCUGCUUUUUCUCAAGAUUUUUCUUCAAGAAUCUUGAUGACAUACCGAAAAGGCUUUGUUGCUAUUGGUGAUUCAAAGUACACAAGUGAUGUAAAUUGGGGUUGUAUGCUUCGAAGCAGUCAGAUGCUUGUUGCUCAGGCAUUGGUAGUACAUCAACUAGGUAGAUCUUGGAGAAAACCUUCACAACAGCCAUAUGAAGAAGAUUACAUUUCAAUACUACACAAUUUUGGUGAUUCUGAAGACUCACCUUUCUCCAUUCACAAUCUCCUUAAAUCUGGAGAGGGUUAUGCCCUUGCUCCAGGAUCAUGGGUGGGGCCCUACGCAAUGAGUCGCACAUGGGAGACACUCGCACGUAAAAAAAUUGACGAAAAUAACCUUCAAGAUAACUCCUUUCCAAUGGCUAUUUAUGUUGUUUCUGGUGAUGAAGAUGGGGAACGUGGUGGGGCCCCUGUUCUUUGCAUUCAAGAUGCUUCAACUCAAUGCUCUCAAUUUUCAAGAAACCAAGUUGAAUUUUCACCUUUGCUUUUGCUUGUUCCUUUGGUUCUUGGUCUUGAUAAAGUCAAUCCUAGAUAUCUACCACUGUUAGCAGCUACAUUUACAUUUCCACAAAGCCUUGGCAUAUUGGGUGGGAGACCUGGUGCUUCUACUUAUAUCAUUGGUGUUCAGGAUGAUAAAGCCUUUUAUCUUGAUCCUCAUGAAGUUCAACAGGCUGUUAAUAUAAGCAAGGAUAAUUUGGAGGCUGAUACUUCUUCCUAUCAUUGCAAUGUUGUACGCCAAAUUCCACUUGAAUCCAUCGAUCCAUCACUGGCUAUUGGAUUUUAUUGCCGAGAUAAAGAUGAUUUUGAAGAUUUUUGUUCACGGGCAUCGGAGUUAGCAGCGGAAUCGAAUGGGGCACCGCUAUUCACAGUGACUCAGACGCGCCACAUGGCAAAGCCAGGUGGCACAAGUAAGGGUGAAGAGGAGGUUGAUUCCUUUGAUGGAGUUGAUGAUGCUGAGGGCUCUGCGCAAGAUGAGUGGCAGCUUCUUUGAUUCCGAUUCCGAUUUCGUGAUUGUGAUUGUGAUUCCGGGGUUGGGGAAAAUGUAUGUGGUUUUUCUCAACCCUGUGGGUAGGUUUCUGCUUUGGUUAUUUUAAGACGGAAGUUGUACAUGGUGCUUGUAUGAUUGUAAACCUCGGAGGAGUUGUUUUAGGUGUUGGUUGUGUUUGUGUUUGUGUUUGUUAGAAGAUGUGUUGCGAUUUGGUUGUUCAUAUUCUUUUAUAAAUCUCAGAUGGUUGCAUUCUUUUAUGUUUAUAAUAAGAUAACUGUUGAUAUAAA